GACUGGACAGAGUCAUGAUAUGACUGAGUAUAAAAGCACAAACCUCUCAGAGCUGCAUCAAAGUCUUCACACUGAUUUCUAAGAUGAGGCUGCUGCUCUUAGUGGGAAUGCUGACAGCAUGUGCUGCAGUAACCAAUGAUCUGUCUGGCAAGAUGUUCACCUUCCCACUUGAAACCAACACAGCUCAUGUGAAGCUAAGAACUACAAAACAGGAUUUUAAUGCAGUAACUGUUUGUCAAAGAUCCUUUACAGACCUCCAAAGAUCCCACGUCCUAUUUUCUUUGGCUGUACCCAGUUUUUCCAAUAGCUUUAUGGUUAUGUGGGAUAGCGCUGACAAAGAAUUGGAGAUUUAUACCCACGAUAAAAAUGCAGUAUUUGGAAAAACUGACUACAAGAUAAACACAUGGCACUCUGUCUGCGCCACCUGGGACUCCGCGUCUGGACUGGUGCAGCUGUGGUUGGAUGGACAACCAUCAGUUAGAAAAUUUACCAGCUCUGGAUCAAACAUCACAGGAUCUCUCAUAAUUAUGUUAGGGCAGGAGCAGGACAGUCAUGGCGGCGGGUUUGACACCAAGCAGUCCUUCGUUGGGAUGUUGUCUGAUGUCCACAUGUGGGAUUACGUCCUCUCUGCCUGUCAGAUCCAGAAAUACGUGGAUGAACAGAACUUCACUCCGGGAAAUGUGCUGAAUUGGGCGGCUCUGGAUUAUCAGCUAGUAGAAAAAGUGAUGGUGGAGAAUAAAGUAAUGGUUUGUAUUUAAACUGUCAAAUUAAUACCAUUACUAAGAAAAAGUCUCAAUCAUAAAAGAAUGCCUGAUAUUAAAUCAUUGCUCUUUUUAUAUUUUUUUGUUGCUUCUUUUGAGACAUGCUUUUCAUGGGAAAAGAAUAACACACUCUCCACCCACUCACAUUCUCCUGUGAGCCCAAGCACUGGUAUAUAAUGAGUACGACACACUGUCUUCCUGUCACACCACCAGCUUUUAUGUGAGGGAGAGGUAAAUUGUAACUAUCUGUUCUUAUAAAAGCUUUGUUUUGCCUAUUAAUAAAUGAGAAAUGCCUGUGAAUAGA